AGGCGGUAUAAUUAAACGUUGUCAUUAAGCCAGUCCAACGAAAUAAAACAUGAUUUCUUGGUGUCAAGUGCAGGCUACUUGAUUUGGCAGUCUCAAAAUUGCACUGCAGCUCAGUAGUAAUGCGAUACAUAUGUUUAUAUGAAUGUUCAAAUGUACACUGGGGAGCAAAAAGGAAUGCAUGUUUGCUUUUUUGUCCAGUAGAAAUAUCACAACACCUACGACAUGUUAAAUAAUUACAAAACAAUGAAAAAUGUUUACGUUAUAUGAAAAACAAUCAUCAUUAAACUUUCAAAAAACCUAUGGUAAAAAUUGUAUCAUGAAAAUCAACUCUAAGAUCUGAAAAGUGCAAAUAUGUACUCUAAUAGCCCUGACAGACGAGCAAAAUUAAUGCGCCUUAAGCAACGCUAAUGCGAAUUGAAAUUUUAUGGUGACAGACGGCAGGUUUGUGCAUUUAGACAGCUGAUAGUGAAAUUUGUUUCUUUAUUAAACAAAAAAGUGAAAUAAAAAUGAAUAAGAUAAAUUAUUAAAAGAAAUUUUGGUAAUUUUGGAAAAUCAAUAUAAAUUUAACGAAAAAAUUCGUUUAUUAUUAUCUACGUUAAAAGAUAAUAGAGUGAAAUUAAUAGCAAUAAUUGAUUGUAAUGCGGAAAAAGUGUGCAAAAAAGUUAAGAAUAUUGGAAAAAUGGAUAGCAAAAGUGCGACAUCUGUUAAUAAAUAGCAAAAAUCGGCCAUUUUUGAGCAGUGUUGCCUACUCAAAUUUAGUAAAUUCAACCAAAUGUACGGAAUUCUUGUGCAUUACAAACUUGCAUUAACAUGGGUCAAAUACGCAAAUAAAUGUAAAUUAAGCCCGCUAAUGCAUAUUAGCGCUGUCGUCUGUCAGGGCUAUAAGAGUAACAAAACAAAGUGGCAAAAUUCUAAUGAGCACUUGUGCUAGCAAAGGUACAUACAUACAUAUGUGCACUAUCACUAGCUUAUAAGGAAAAGCUGAUAAGUCCAGUUUUCAACAAAUAUUUGACUUUGAUGCAAAAGGAAAGGCCACAUUAAGAUACGUUGUUGUUUUCAUAUCUCCUUUAAUAUUUUCAAAAUUGCACUUAUCAGCUUUUUACGCUAAGCCGACGAUAUGUAAGCAUGCAUAAGUUAGUUUGUACGUUCGUUUGUAAAAUUGAACUAAUGUUACUAAAUGGGAGUUAUUGAAAUGCAAUAUUUAAGUGAGUGCUAUUUUUGAUUCAUUGCCGCACGUGUUUUUAAUAAAAUAUUGUAGUGUUCGAAGUGAUUUAAUUUAUUAGUGGACAAAAAUUAUCUUUUAAUAAAAGACUUGUAAAAUGAGUGAAAAUGAAAUAGAUUUUGGAAGUGACGACUCAUUGGCUGUCUACGUACUAUCACUGAUAAUCCGAGCACUGAAGAGUUUCAUCAUAACCAACUUUCUGGCGUGAAUGAAAUUCUUUUUGACGGAGAAUUUUUCAAAAUAGUGGAGAAGAAUUAAAUGAUAUGAAAUAUCAACGUUUAUUUUACUACAAUGAACAGUAACAACUUGCAGCAAUGGUGGGAAAAUACUUAUCGCCAUCAUCAGCUGAAACAUGCUUUCAAUCCACACGAUAUGCACGGUCUCCAGAUACCUACACACACAUCAAAUGACAUUGGUUCAGAUAUAUUAAAGCAGAUCGGUAACAAUGAUUAUGACGCCUUUUUAAAUUACACUAUAACGAAUUCUCCGAUUAACAUUCCUGACUCAGAAGAUAACCUCUUAUCUUCAGUUACGUUAUUAAUUAUGGUCAUACUAUUUGGACUAGUUGUAUUUGGUGGCGUAUUAGGUAAUGCAACAUUAUUGUUCACGCUUUGUUCGGCAUCAUCAGUGCGAUUGCGAAAUCCGCUUUUAUUAGCUGUUUGCCUUGCCGACUUGUUAGUUACGGGCAUUUCCGCACCAAUGACUUUAUUAAAUGUAGCCCUGAAUCGUAAGACGAACACUUUACCACUGAUGAUAUGCAAAGUAAUUCAUUAUGUGCAGAUAAUGCCAGUGGCUGCAAGUACAAUUUCUUUCUUCAUGCUGUCACUUGAUCGUUAUGCCACAGUAAGACACCCUUGCUUGUCACAGUUACGUCAGCGUCGAUAUUUGCAUAUUUCAUUAGCGCUCUUUUCUUGGAUCGCAUCAGCUGUUCUCAGCGCGCCAUUUCUGUACACAUACAACAUAAUUGCGAAAAGUGCAAUAACAAAUCUCAAUGACAGCAACAAAUAUGCAGCAUCGUCUGAAAUUUUGUUAGGUACCAAUGAAAACGCUAAACUGGGACCGUUUUUGCUUACCACCACAGCUUUACCAAACGUCAGAAUAAGCUGUACUUCCGACCUCGGGUCCAGUACAUUUUUAAUUUCAUUUAUUAUUUUUCAUACCUUUGCCGUUUUUAUUAUACCCGGAUUUGGUGUGCUAUUAAACCAUUAUGGUGUACGUCAGAAGUUAUGUGCACUUUCUUUAACAGCGCGAGCCGCUCACGGUGAAUUACCACUUCCUAUGCCCAUACUCCGUAGACAAACGCACAUGGUUAUUGUAACUGGAAUCGCCAACACUCAGCAGACAAACGGAUGUCCGGUCACAAAUGACCCCUCUAAUGGACCUGAUAUACAAAUGCAAAACUUAAACCCAGGUUCCAUUAUCGGAAAAAGUCAUGAUUUCAUCAAAUCUUCCAACCCCAUAUCACCAAGGGCAAUGCGUGAAAUUCGGGCACAUGCCCAACGUCAACGUAUUAACCAUAAAACAUGUUUGCAUGGUCCAGCUGCGCCCGGUAUACCGCUACCACGAACUUCAACUCUCCACUCGAGACGACGCCUAGCCAAUAUACUCAUAGCAUCAGCCAUAAUAUUUAUUUUAUGUUGGGCGCCCCACGUAUUUUGCAUAUUUUACACAAGCCUCGGUUAUAAGCAUUAUUGUUCUAAGACUUCCAAGUACUUUCAUUUGCUACUAGGUUAUACGUAUUCUACAAUUAGUCCUCUUAUUUAUUGGAUUCUCAACCACAACUCACUUAGGCAAUCUCCCUGUGCACCAAUUAUACGUCUCCGUUCAAUGCAGAAUUUUUUGCGGUCACACUUUCGGGCCAAUACAGUACCACCACCGCCAUCUUCUACCAAUGAAGCUGCUCUUGGCGCUUUCAAUCCAAAGUUAAUUAAACUUACCCCAAAACAAUACAGAGCUCAGGCAUCGUCUCACUAUCUCUACUAGCUAGUGUGAUAUUUUUAAUUGAGUCUUUUGAUUUUAAAUUAUUGUUUUAAUUAUAUACAGUACGAAUACAUAUACCUCAAAAUAAUGCAGAAAGUCGCCUUUUUAAGCUGAAUUAUCGAACUACUAAGCUUUUGACAAUAUUAUUUUAUUCUAUAUACUUAUAUGCAAUAAAACGAAACUUAAAUUGUUAAUAUAUGUAUAUAAAUAAUCGUUAUUAAUAUAUUUUAGGUACUUAUACUUCCAUUACUUACACAAUAUGCAUACAUGUGUAUUCACAAUUUUUUCAGGAUGUAUUUGUCAAAAUUUAUAACUCAGAGUUGCUUUCUUUUAAAGUUAUCUAAAACUUUCUUUUAGAGCAAUAUUAUCUGAAUUUGGUGAAAUUACUUAUCUAUUUGGUGACCUAAUAAUAAAAUAGUUAAUUACUUGCUUAUAGAAAAAUAUCUACAUUAUAUAUAUAGAUUGGAAUAAAAAUAUGUAUAUAUAUAUAUAGAUAAAUAUGUAGUUUGGAGAUUUCGUAAUCAAGUAUGUGAAAUGUUAGUCAAAUGUGUACAUCACUUUAAGAAGAACUAUUUUUAAGUUUAUGUAUGUAUAUGUAUUCCAAAUAUUUAAAGAGUAGUUGUGUAAGUAACUAUCCCUUGGAUUAAAAACUAUAUAUGUAUAUUUUAUACAUUAACUACUUUAAGGAACACAACUGUAUAAGAAUGAGUACAUACUGUAAUAUUUAACAUGUAUGUAUAUGCACGACUUCACAAACCGAGUUUUCAUUUUAUACAAUCCAAAUAAUUUUUAUUUUAUUUUUUAUUAUCGGAAAUAAUUAUUAACCAAGUUUAGCCAAUCCUUAAGAAACAAGCGCAGAUCACAUUCACUAGGAAUAAGGUCUUUCUAAAAAGUAAUACUUAAAUAAAUCUGCCGAUAUUGAAAAUAAAAUGGAAAAUAUACGAAUAUUCUCGCCUGUGUAUGUAUGUAUGUAGUAUAUAAAUUGAUCAACUCCGAAAAAUAACAUACAAUACAAUUCCAUAAGCUUAUAAGACUUCACUUUUGGGAGUUCAAUUCACUUUUUAGUAGUUCUUUAUUUAGUCCAUCAAUAGUUGUGAUGGAGUUGUGGAUACUCAAUACCUUUUAAAUUCAAUUUACAACUUUUUUUCCUUUACCUAACACGAACUUCAGACAUUUGCAUUGACAGAUAUCGAACUUAUCUAUUUUUGUAUGAAUGCGUUUACAUUGAGGCAAUUCAAAGCAAAAUUUUGGGCAACUCGCAUAUUUUUACCCUUUUCCAAGCAAAGCGUUAAUUCUGAAUGAAUAAAUAUGAAUUGUCAACCAAAGUGAGGGAAGUUGAAUGUGAAACGGCCACAAGUCGUAUUAAAUUAUACAUUUACAUUUACCCAUUAACAUAUUACAUAGAGUACGAUACGAGCCGAAGAGAGCACACAGAUCAAAUUUAAAGAAACCAAUAGAAACGAAAAAAGUACAAGGAGCAUAAAAUGUUGUAUUAUCAUAUCAAAUAUAUUAUUAUAUAAUAACUUUGUAUUGAAUAACUUACUUUCUUUGAAAAAACUUAUCAUCAAGCAUCAAAAUUUGUGAAAUCACAAUCAGUUAAAUUAAAAAAAUAAUAGAUUUUGUACUUUUAUGAAUUAGAAAUUUACAAUUUUGGUAGUACAAAAACACGUUUACACUUACACAAUAAGUUAUUACUGUUGUCUUCUACAUUAUCUUCGUCAGAAAUUUGGGUUUUCUGCUAAUAUAUAGUAUGUAAGAAAACUCCCAUAUUAUAUUAUAUUUGUCUAAAACUGAAUAUAUACCACACAUUUCUUCAAUACAUACAUAUGUAUUUCCAUUACAACAUAUUAUAUCUUUAAGUGGUUGUUACAAAAAUUUUCCUCCUAAAUUGACUUUCCGUUCUUCACCGAUAAGUAAUCGGAAAAGUACUUUUUAUACCCUGAACAGGAUAUGUAUAUUAAGUUUGCCACGCAGUUUGUAACAACCAGAAAGAAACGUCGGAGACCACUAUAGAUGUCUUCAUGAAUUGUUGGCACGGAUUAUUCUUCAAGGCAACUGUACAAUCUCCAAAAAAUUGUUCAGAUCAACCAAUACUUACACAUUUCCAUAAUUUUUUGUUGUGAAAUAAUUGUUGAAUUCGAAAUGUUUUUUUGAUUUACUAGCAUGAUUGAAACAAUAUGAAAAAAAUAAAAAAAAACCAUGUUAUGGAUGUACUAGAGGACCCCGCGCAUGCUGUAGCCAGGAUAUUUUUAUGAAUAUAUACGAAAACAAUUUUUUUCAAAAUUUUAAAUUAUUGGUAAACAUUUCGUUAGAUUUGUUUUUAAACACGAAUAUAUAUAACAUAUGUAUAUGAUGUUGAAUUUUUUUAUUUUAUAUUCAAGUUUGUAACAAAUUUGUAAUAUUCAAAGUAGUUAGUUGAUUACAUUGGAGAUAAUGAAAUAGGGUAGAUCAGUCUUAAUUUUUAACAAUAUAUAUAAUUUGUAAUUAUAGACAGUAUAAUAUCGGUAUUCUGCUUGAGACGAUUGUCUCAUGUCUCUAAUAGUGACUAUAGUAAUUUAGUGACUCUGUUAGUCAGGAGUCUCAUUUUGGUAUUCUGGCAGAUACAGUGUAGUAGUAUAUUGUAUAGUAGUAUACUGUAUCUGCCAGAAUACCAAAAUGAGACUCCUGACUAACAGAGUCACUAAAUGAAGAUUGUCAUCUCAAUUCGUUGCAUAUUAUUAUUGGUUCAGCUUAAAUAGAUUCGAUGGUUUUCCCACUCUGCAAUGGGGAAUUGUAGCCUUCUGUAUGGAUUCGUAUAUUCUGACAGUAUCAGUGGUUUGAUUGUUUGCUCUAUGCAGCGCUUCUAGAAUAUUUAUAUGCCAUUAUCUACUUAUCUCAAACUAUAACUUUUUCUCAACACUGAACGGCUUGUUUAAUAACAACAACCAUAUAGUCAAUAUAUAUAUGUAUGUAUGCGUACGAAAAUUUUCGAUUUUGAAAUAAUAAAAUAUUCACAUAAUUCUUACAUACAUACAUGAAUUUUGAAGCGAUUUGAAAUAUGUACUAUAUAUUUUUUUAUUAUGUAUUGUUUUGACUUUUUACAUUAAAUGAUAAAAAUCCCAUUUCCGUGUCGUGAUUCUAAACUUAAAAUUCAACCAAUACCUUAAAAUUUUUUAAGUGUCUUCCUUCUUAAUAGAUUCUGUCUUUUUAGAUUCAUUUUCAUUUUCAUACGAAAAACUGAAAAAUUUAAAGUCACAGGAGUUAUGCAACAAAACGAAUUAUGUAAAUUUAACUCAAUGUUAAGUAGAUGUAGAUGUGUGAAUAAAUCUAUACCAAUUCUUUUUUGCAUUGUUAUAUUUGUAUGACUAUUACUUAAUAAUAUACCAUUUUAUAUUCUUGAUACAUAUGGUUAAAUAUACAUAUGAUUGUGACGAAAAAAUGCUAAUCAGUAAUGAUUUCUCAAAAUAACUACACUGUUAAUAUGGUAAUCGCUUCAAAGCUUAAAUGCUUAAACAUCGUUCUUCUUUAAUAUGAAUGGUAUUUGGUAAAUACCAUAAAAGUAGAACUUGAAAAUACACGCUUAUGGACAAAAUAAUAGGUCAGUUUUUACUUAAUAACUUCCAAUUAUUUACCAUUAAAACAAUUUUGUAUUAGUUAUAUUUUUGUUUACUUUAUUACACCUAAAUAUGUCGGAAAUCUUUCAUUCUGAAUAUAAAAACUAUUUCUUUACCUUUAUUCUGGCAUACAGUUCUUUUACAAUCAUUUUCGUAAAUAUUAAUCUUAUAUUCAUUACUAAAUAAAAUAUUUCGCCACUUUUAUUCUCCGGCGGGACCGCGACAAAAGCGUUUCCUUACUGUAUGUGGUUCUUUCGUAGAAGGGGAUUUUUUUUGGCAUUAUGCGUUCACUAAUCGACGCCGAUUUGUCCGCGAGCUAACAUUUAGUCCAACUUCCGCUGCAAUUUUUCGUGAAGUCACGAGGUCCUUUUUCGCCAUGAGAAAUAAAGUGAUCAUCACUCAGUUCAGUUUUUCUUGGACGACCACGAGUUUCCUUUACAUUUUUUU